GCGGGGGGCGGGGGGGGACCCGCUCAGGUAAACACCCAAGAUGGCGGCGGCGGGAGGCGGCGGCGGAGGGCGGCCGGGCCUGGCGGAGCUGCCCGGGGAGCUGCUGGAGCUGAUCCUGUGCUGCGGCGUGCUGGGCGCCGCCGACAUCGGGCGGGUGGCCUGCACCUGCCGCCGCCUGCGGGACGCCUGCCAGCCCCGCGGCAAGGUGUGGCGGGAGUGCUUCCGCCUCAGGUGGCCAUCGCUGCUGAAAUACUACAGCCACACAGAUGGUGUUAGCUGGCUUGAAGAAUACAAAGCACGGCACAAUGCUGGACUAGAAGCCCAGAGAAUUGUAGCUUCGUUCUCCAAAAGGUUCUUUUCAGAACACGUCCCCUGUGAUGGAUUCAGUGACAUUGAGACUCUUGGAUGCCCAAGUCACUUUUUUGAGGAUGAGCUGAUGUGUAUCCUUAACAUGGAAGGAAGGAAAGGCCUCACCUGGAAGUACUAUGCAAAGAAAAUUCUCUACUUCCUACGGCAACAGAAUAUAUUAAAAAAUUUGAAGGAGUAUCUUCAACGCCCUACUGAUCAGCAGUCGUUUUUAGAGGGUGCUGUUUUAAUUGACCAAUACUGUAACCCGCUCUCAGACAUCUGCUUAAAAAGUGUCCAGGCACAGGUGGAUGAUAUCACAGAUAAAGUGCGCAAAGUCCUUCGGACAAAAAAUCCAAGGCACCCCAGCUUGGCUUCCAAGGCAGGAGAGGUCCUGAUUCCAGAAGUGGAGCUUCAGCGGCAGGUACUUGAUGCUAUGAAUUGUGUCCUGUAUGAGCAGUUAAAAUACAAAGGAAAUGAGCUGGAUUACUAUAAUUCCCUGAAUUCAUACAUUCACCAGGUUUUGAUCCGCAGGACAGGAAUUCCCAUCAGUUUGUCUGUGCUUUAUUUAACAAUUGCCAGGCAGCUGGGAGUCAAACUUGAGCCAGUCAACUUCCCUAGUCAUUUUUUGCUGCGAUGGUGUCAAGGAAAAGAAGGAAGCACAGAUAUUUUUGACUACACUUACAUUGACGCCUUUGGGAAGGGGAAGCAGCUGACCGUGAAGGAGUGCGAGUACCUUAUAGGCCACCAUGUGACGGAGGAGUUCUAUGGGGUGGUGACUUCGAAAGAGGUCUUGCAGCGCAUGGUGGGAAACCUCUUAAACCUGGGCAAGCGAGAAAGCACUGAUCAGUCUUAUCAACUCUUGAGAGACUCCUUGGAUCUGUACCUGGCCAUGUAUCCGGACAAUGUGCAGCAUCUAAUGCUCCAGGCUAGGUUAUACUUCCACCUGGGAAUCUGGCCAGAAAAGGUUCUGGACAUCUUGCAGCAUAUUCAGGCCUUGGAUCCAUCCCAGCACGGGGCCGUCGGGUACUUAGUUCAGCAUACCCUAGAGCAUAUUGAGCGCCGGAAGGAGGAGGUGGGACCCGAGGUGAAGCACCGCUCGGAUGAGAAACACAAAGAGGUCUGCUUUUCCAUUGGGCUGAUUAUGAAACACAAGAGAUAUGGCUACAACUGCGUCAUUUACGGCUGGGAUCCUGCCUGCAUGAUGGGGCAUGAAUGGAUCAGAAAUAUGAAUGUCCACAGCCUUCCGCAUGGCCCCCACCAGCCUUUCUACAACGUGCUAGUGGAAGAUGGCUCUUGCAGAUACGCUGCUCAAGAGAACCUGGAAUACAACUCUGAGCCUCGGGAGAUUCCUCACCCUGACAUUGGCCGCUAUUUUUCAGAGUUUACCGGCGUUCACUACCUAGCAAAUACCGAGCUAGAAAUUCGGUACCCAGAGGAUUUGGAGCUGACGCGUGCCACAGCUCAGAAGAUCUACAGUUCAGGCAAGGAGUGAGUGCAAAAGGCGUUGUGAGGACAGAAGCAGCCAGAGUGUAGCUUUGCCCUCUUUUGUAAAACUUGCCUGGAAGGCAAGUUUGGUGACAAUCCUUUGGCUUUAAUGCAUUGAAAACUGCAUUAAACUUCAUAACCGGUGCUAUAGCAUCUUUCCGUUGCCUGCCUGCCCAUUCUGGCCCACAGGGACACGUCGGUAGCUGAGGCCAGGUGUAAGGAUCUUGCAGGGACAGUCGUGCUAGGAAGCGCAUUGUCCUACGGAAAGAUUUUGCCUCCUGCUCGUUCUGUGAUCGUCUUGCCUAGGAGGUUGAUGCAGUGAGACCCCUGGUGUGGAAUAUUGGAAGAAACUCCAACUUGCAGAGAAGUUGCUUGUCCUUGCGAUGUUGUGGGGUUUUUGUUGUUGGUUGUUGUUGGUUUUUUAUGUAUAUCUCAUGCAGGUGAUAGUUUUUAAAGCCUCUUACGUUUGACUGUCUCCCCUCCGGUCUGAAUCUUUGGUCAGAUUGUGCUUCACCUCUGUAGUCUGAUUGUUCACAGAGCUACUGUCCCGAUUCUGAGCAUCCUUACUGACUGGGAAAGAGCCCCUGCAGCAAAAACAGAAGCAGCAAGGCUUCCAGGGUGGCAAGCACCAUGAUAACACAGAGGUCCAGCCGGCCACCUCGCGGCUGACACAGACUCUCCUAAUGCAGAAGACGAGCUGCUAGCCCUUUCCUGCGCCUGCCAAACCCACCCAGCCCAUGUUCUUACCUUGUUCUUUGCUCUGUUCACUGUGUGUGUUGUUGUGACCUGCGGCACAGCCCUGAGUGCUCCCAGGACGACCCUGAGCCGCUUGGCACUGCUUCGGGGGAGCUUGGAGGUCGCUGCACGACCCGUGGGGAGCUGCUGGUCACCGCUGCCUCCGGGCUGUAGGUAUUUAUGCAAUACAGUGGGAUCGUGACUGGAAACGGGCCAGCCCUGGAGACAGCCCAGCGGUGUGUGGAAGAGAGAUGUUAAUUCCUGCAGCUCGAGGCCUUUUUCCUUUUUGCCAAAGGAGACCGGAUUUUGGCGGGGGUUGGAGCGGGGACACGCACUGCAGUGCCCAGAAGGGAAGAGGCUUAGCAGCUCAGCGCACGUGAAUUUCCACACGGCUUAAAGGCCCUUUGUGACAGAGUCACUGCAGAGAAGGUUUUCCUCUGCAUUCAGGUAUUAUGGGGUGCGGAAUGACCAAGUGUGCGUGCAUAUACAGAGCCUGCAGAGCCCUGGUUUCUGAAGCAAAGCCUGCAGGCUGGCUGCAGCAGCGUGCCCUGUCACUUAGCAGUUACAGCACCGUAGUUCUGUCAGAGAGUUAGGUACUGUGUCCUGUUAGGUGGAGGCUCUUAGUCUAUUAUAGCACUUCAAGUAUCACCACAUGCAAUCCCACACCCCUCCUCCUGAGAGAAUGCUUGACCUGCAUGCCAUCCUACUGAAGUACAGAGCACCGGUUAAAUACGAGAAAUAAAUACUGACAGCCCAGCACUUUUCCCAGUGGAGCGGUGGUGGUGGUGGUCUGCAGGAAUCUCGGUGCUUUAAGAAGAGCAGCCCUGCAUGGCUAGUGCUGAGGGGCGGUGAGGGUGCUGCACUCCAGGUACCACUGCAUCUUUCAGUAAGUGUGUACUGAAAUGAAUUUGGAGUGGGGGGAGGAAUUUCCUCCGAAGCCAAAUGGAUCCAAGUGAAAGCAGGGCAGGAAGUCGUCAGGCAAAAUCUUAAAAUCCAUCCCUCUUGGUUUUGAGGGUUGGAGUAGAUAGACUUUGACCCUCCAACCCUUUCUGAGGGUUGGAAACAGAUCCCAAAGCAUCCUGACAGGGAUGCAGGGUAAGGAAUUGGGACUCUUGGGUCAUGAGGUCGAUGCUGGUGGCUGAGAACAGGAGCAGGGCUGGGGCCUCCCUGUUCCCAGCCGUGGCUCUGAGGGUGCCCUGGGACAGCGUCUGUGUCAGUGCAUUUCCUGGGGCUCUGGGUGUCCCUCUGUCAGUCCGGUGGCACCUUGCCCCUCGCAGGCACACCCAGUUACCACGCACCGAGCUCCUAGGACUCGUGUGCUGUCUGAAUGCCAAGUAGAACCGUGCCAUAAAAAAGCGGCAGUCACCAACACGGAGCUGCCCAAAGCUUCUCUGAAAACUGGUGCUGGUCGUGCUUGUAAUCCACGUGAAAACGUGCUGCGCGCUUUAAGGUGCGGGUCCCAGAGCAGCUGGCAGAGCCCAUUUUACCCAGCCCUCUGGGGCCAGUCUCUGUACUCCAGAGUGAGCCUGGAUGCGCGUUGGGAAGCGCUCCUGGCUGCAGCUCCUGCACACAUUCCCCAGCCACAGGCUUCCAGCAGGUUGUUUCUGCGUGGGGUGUAACGGGGGAGCAUUCCUGUGCAGCUGGGCACGGAUGUGCUGCAAGCGACUGGUGUGGGCCACAGCUGGUGGAGACCUGGAGGCCUGCACCGCACGGGGUCAGAUUUGGGAAUUGGAACAAAACCAAAGGCAGAAGCAUGUGAAGGCUCCCCUUUUGCUCCCGGGGGCUAGGCGUGCCACCCCCUCCUUAUGUUCCUCCCGCAGCCUGGGGGAUGGCGGUGUUGCGUGCUGUGGGUUCAGUCCGUAACUAGUUUUAGGGAGGGGGAAUUGCCCCGUGAGUAUUUGCAGCUUUGGGAGGCAUCCGCAGCGGCUGGGAUCCCACCGUGUGUGUUUGCCUGUGCAGCCAGUGGCUCCCCUGUCCCCCCUCUCCCCUCCUGGCCUCGCAGCAGCCGUUUCCCCGGGAAGACAGGAGAGGAUCCCAAAAGUUCCUCGUGUCUGUGAGUAGGGUCUGGGUCCCCAUGAGCGAUGUACGUGUGCUAGAGAUGUGUGUCAUGCCUCGCCACCUGUCCUCUGUUGUGUCUGUGCAGAGCUCACUUGGAAAAAGGGAUGUUUUGCUUCCCGGAGGAGGUGGAAUUACUGCCUGAGCUCGCAGAAAGCCCGGCCUGGUGGGUGUGGGGUGGCACCGGCAUCACCUGGCUCCCCUGGGGCAGGGGGUGCAGCUGAUGCCCCUCUUCUCCCUCGCCUUUCUGUGCCAUAAGCUGGGGCAGGGCAGGUGCUGUCACCUGAAAAUGGCUUUCUGGAGGGUGAAGGAAAAAAUAAUAGAGGGUGGAGGGGGAAGAGGAGGCAGCAGGGGGAGGCAGGCAGUAGCAGGAGCUGCCUCGUGCCAAAAGGAAAAAUGGAGAGAGGCGCAGUGGCCGUGGGCUGGGUUAGAGCAGGGCAGGGGUCUUGUGGCUCCCCUGUGUCACGGGGCAGAGCCCCUUGGGUGAGAGGCAAGGGCUGGGGGCUGCAGCCUCCUGGAGAGGGCCGUCCUCGUGCUGCUGCUCCGGAGAGCCGCACGUCCCUCGGGCAGCGUGGGGCAGGAGAGGGCCAGCCGGAGCCUGGAAGCGAUGCGGUUCCUUUCCUCUUUGUGCGUGGCUUCAAAUAAAAUAAAAUGAACCAUCCCCACUUGG